AUGAAACUGUGGGGGAGGUCAGCUUGGCCUUUGCAGGUGGUCUUCCUCGUUGCCUUGGUGAUGCUCUGCUUUGACCCGGCGUCCGCUGGAAACCGUAACCAUCGGGGACCGACAGUCUCAUACCAGGUGAAGCAGGGGACAUGUGAGGUGGUGGCCAUCCAUCGCUGCUGUAAUAAGAAUAAGAUUGAAGAGCGCUCUCAAACCGUCAAGUGUUCCUGUUUCCCUGGGCAGGUUGCUGGCACCACCAGAGCCAGACCCUCCUGUGUGGAAGCCUCCAUUGUAGCCCAGAAGUGGUGGUGCCAGAUGCAGCCGUGUAUGGACGGAGAGGAGUGUAAAGUCCUGCCUGACCUGACUGGCUGGUCCUGCAGCACUGGCAACAAAGUCAAAACCACAAAGGUCACACGAUAGCAAGAGAGCCACUGAGCCAUGAGGAAACCUGAAACUCUCCAUGUGGAAAGGAUGGAUGACUUACACAUAUUUACUGAACGAUGGGGAAAAUAUUAAGGGACGGACUGCUAUCCAUCACAAAACAAUGGGAUAAAAUGUGCUCAUCAAAAACUAUGUACACAUGGCAACAUGGAGCCAAACAUACAGCAUAUACAGUAUGCUGGUUGGUGAGACCAAUGGACUACAUUUAUGGACACCCAGGGUACAACUGAACACAAAUGGACUCUUAUUUUCCAAUAAUGGACAAAGUGUGGAUUGAUCAAAAAUGGUCAAUUUAAAACACAGAUCAAGGAUUUCAAAAUAUAUAUUUCAACAAAGCAUUUGUGGAUGAGUGUGAGAUGUGAACUAAAAGCUGUGCUUAGAGUGCUCCUGGACACAGUCCAGCCCCGUUGUCAAUAUGUAGAGCUGAUAAUUUGGGAGAAAUGAAAGCAAUAGCAGCUCAUAACUAGCAAAUAGCAAAUUAGCA